AUGGGUAAUACCUAUAAAGACAUCGAAACAAGCAAGUCUUUGAAUGAUCAAACCUUGAUCUCUCCUUAUUUUCUUCAUGCCUCUGAUCAUACUGGUCAAGUCCAAACUCCAAUUCUUCUAAACGGCUCUAACUACGAACGAUGGGCAAAACUAAUGACCAACUCUCUUCACACCAAAAGAAAACUAGGGUUCAUUAACGGAACUCUCCUCCGAUCCACGACAGACCCAGACGAAGCAGAACGAUGGGAUAUGGUCAACUCAAUGAUCAUUGGUUGGAUCUAUAGCAGCAUCGAGCCCUAUCUUCGAUCAUCUAUUUCUGUUGUUUCUGAUGCAUCGGUCAUGUGGGCUGCUUUGAAAGGGCGGUUCUCUACAAGUGAUGACACACGAGUUCGUCAACUCCGUGCGGAGUUAGCCGCCUGCAGACAAGACGGCCGAACCGUUGAAGAAUACUUUGGCAAACUCAAAGUGUAUUGGGAUGAUCCGUCCGAUUUUGAAGCAGCUUUCACUUGUUGUUGUGGUAAUGAUCGCUGCUCCUCUAUGAUCAAACACCGUAAGAUUCAAGACAAGACGUUCAAUCAUCAGUUUCUUACGAGCCUCGACAACAACAGAUUUGGAACAGCUAGAUCCAACCUUCUUAGCCGCCUUUGUGAUCUCACUCUUGAGAGCGUGUAUUCUCAGAUAAAGCAAGAAGAGACCCAUCUCAACACUACUCGACGAACCAAAGAUAAAAGCAGCGUUAUUGGCUUCUCGGCAACAUCGGCUACAAUCACCAAACCAAAUACCUCUAUGACAUGUACUCAUUGUGGUCGCACAGGACACGAGAAACAACAAUGCUUCAAGGUUGUUGGUUAUCCAGAAUGUUCUGUGAUAUUUACGAAACGCUUUUGUGCGAUACAUGACCAAGCUUCGAGGAUUUUGAUUGUUGUGGGUGAGAAGAGCAAUGGGGUUUAUCACUUGACUGGUGUGGUUGUUCCUCAGGCUCAUCGUGUUGGUUGCAGUGAUGUUCGCGCCUUGUGGCACAUGCGGCUAGGUCAUCCGUCGUCAAAAGUGUUAUCUUUUCUUUCUGAUUUAGGAGGUUUUUCAUAUAAUGUUAGUGAUUUGGAGGAGCUUUGUGAUACUUGCCUUCGUGCAAAACAAACUCGUGUUUCUUUUCAAGAUAGUUCAAAUAAAGCGGAUGAUUUAUUUUCAAUGAUUCACUAUGAUGUUAAGGGUCCCUACCGUGAAAAAUCAACAACUGGAGCAUCUUAUUUCUUGACUAUUGUUGAUGAUUUCUCAAGAGCAGUUUGGACACAUUUACUUCUCGAAAAAUCACAGGUAGCGGAUGUUCUCAAGAACUUUCUCGCUUUUGUUCAUCGUCAAUUCAACAAACAAGUCAAGAUCGUUCGUUCUGAUAAUGUAACAGAAUUUCUUUGCCUUCGCAAAUUCUUUGAUUCUCAAGGAAUAAUUCAUCAGACAUCUUGUGUUGCUACUCCUCAACAAAAUGGCCGUGUUGAACGCAAACAUCGUCAUAUCCUGAAUGUGGUGAGGUCUUUGUUGCUUGAAGCCAAGCUUCCUGCACGGUUUUGGGGAGAAAGUAUCCUCGCAGCCACUCAUCUCAUCAACUGCACUCCCUCUGUUCUUCUUCUCGGUAAAUCACCUUUUGAAGUUCUCUUUCAGAAACCUCCUGCUUAUGAUGACUUGCGGACCUUCGGCUGUCUCUAUUAUGCUCACAAAGUUCGUCGCUCCAAUGAUAAAUUUAAAGAGAGAGGUGUUAGGUGUAUGUUUCUUGGCUAUCCCUUCGGCAAGAAAGGAUGGAUUGUCUUUGACUUUGAAAAUGAUAAAACGUUUGUUUCCCGUGAUGCCAUUUUUCAUGAGAAUGUCUUUCCCUUCCACUCCUUUGACUCUUCUAUGGCGGACUCUUUAACGGUUGUCUCUCCCUCUUCUGUUCAUCCUAGUUUCUUCGAUGACAUUGAUUCACCCUCUUUGACAGGGGGAGCAUCACUGCUCCUCCCACUCCGGCAUCUUCUAGUAACCCUCCAGAUACGUCUCCACCAACACCAAAGACUGAUCCGUCUUCGCCCACAUGACCAGAUCCUCAAGUAA